UGUCAGUACUGAUGAUAUGGAAGAUGGUUGUUACUACUCUACUAUUGCGAGAUGGUGCACAGGAUACUGCACAAAGCCAAGCUUCUUGGCGUGAACCUGGCACCAGAGUGCGUCGCGCCAACUGCCACCUUAGUGGUCCUGAGGGAGUGUGAGUUUUAGCUGUGUUGGGCCGCUAGUGAUGGGCCGUGAAUUGUAACCGUGGCUAGUAUAACUUGAGGACGAGACACAGUACCAGGGAUAUGGAAAAACUGAGAAUAGAAUUGCUACGUUGUUCCUCCUUCCCUACUUCUUCCCUUCUUCCUUCUGAAUCCUCUGUUCUUCCUCCUCUAGAUCCUCUUCCCAAUACCAGUAGCUAACAAUUGGUAUCAGAGUCGUUCGAUCCUCGGAAUUUUAUACCUCCAUCUGUCUUCCUCAACUUCACCGCAUCGACAUGUCGUUCGACACGAAGGUCAUCCUCGGCGCCAUCGGCAAGCUGUUCGACGACUUCGACGCUCGUUGGGAAUGCCGUCUUCCCAAGUUCUUGCCCGCAGAGGAGGCCUCAGGGGCCGCAGUCAUCGCCGACAACUGGGGCGGGGGCUUCAACGGAGACGAGUACUCAUUCGAGCAGUACUGCGCGGUGCCAUCCAUUGUCGCCGACAACUGGGGCGGGCUCUUCGACUCGCCCUCACCGCUUGACCCCUACGACGUCAACCUCACCAAAGGCGAGCCGCCCUCCAUCGAUGGCCACUCCGCCUCCCUCACCCCGUUUGUCCACGACGUCGCCGCCCAGAUCUGUUAUCAGGAAGUUGAGGCACACCUCACUGCACUAGACAACGACGACAGAUCGGACAUCCGCGAGGCCGACGUUAGGCCCCCCGCGCCCGACGACCGGCUGUUGGUGUCGCUCGAGGGCAUCUGCCAGGAGGGAACCUGCCUCUUCUCCACCGACCCGGACGCGGCUACAGACGUGCUGAUUCGUCAGAUCGAGGCCGAUACCGGCGCUUGGGCACCCCGCGUCAGUGCGUUGGAGUCCUAUGCCGCCGCCGCCGAUGUGAACACUGACUCCCCGUUGCGUCAAAUCGAAGAAGAUGGUGGAGUUCGUGUCGCGGCGCUGGAAUCCGUCGUCCCGGUGUUUGACGUCUGGCGGCCCCAGGUGGACUCCUCCAUCGAGCAUCUUCAAACCUCUGCGGCGCAGAUCCGUGCAUCCCUCCCCUCGCUGGAGUCGCCAUGGUCCCAGUACACUCGCCGCGACGGAUCCGGCCACCUGAACGCCUACGGCGCCGCCAGCAUCCUCGUCCCCGUCAAGUGCGUGCUCCACGAACCCCCACUCGGUGGCUACGACGGCUCCCUCGAUGAUGACCCGGAGUCCGGUGUCACCUACAUCGACGCGCCACUCGACCGAGCCGUCAGUUGCGUUGGCCACGCACCGGCAGCGCCGGCCGCACUCCGCACCGAUGCUGUGGGUGUAGUAGGUCGUGGGCUACUGGCUCAGAGGGUGGCUGCCGGGUCAACACAAGCCACAUGUUCGAUGAUUUACCUGGCCGACGACCGCAACUUGGCUGACAUCUCUGUUGGCGCGCUCUGGGAGGAGACAAUGGAACAAGCAGCAACUACUCUACAGCCUAGUGGUCCUGAGAAGAAAUCGGUGCUCCUCUCCUCAUCCACUGAUGGUAAACUCGGUAGUCUGAAGGCCUAUCAUCUCGCUCGAGGCCUGUGUGACCGAUGUGACGAGAAAUGGCAUCGAGGUCACAAGUGCAAUGAUAUUGUGCAGUUACACGUGCUGCAAGAGGUAUGGGACUUAAUGGCUGAACCUGCAGCGGAAGAAACAGCACUUGAUGAGUCCCAACCUGGCGAUGCAGUGGCUAUGGCCAUUUCCUCUGAAGCCUUUUUUGUUUCCACUUCUCCUCUACAAGUGCAGGUGGCCAAUGGUAGUAUGAUUUCCUGGACCGGUGUGAUCAGUCAAGCAGCUUGGAAUAUUCAGGGUUAUUGUUUUACUCUCGAUAGUUGGUUAUGCAUCCCAUAUGAGGGUAUACAGAUUGUGUUGCAUGGUUGUGCUUCUUCACAGCAUACUGAUGUUCUUCUGCUUAUUACACCGGUGGAUUCUUCAGAUUAUGCUGUUAACUUAGGCAUUAUUUCAUCAACUUGUGUUGAAGGUAUUAUCCUGCAAAUCUUCAAUACAACAAGUGUGCCUUAUGAUGUGGUGUUUCUAUUGGCUUUGUCGAUGAGAUGUGUUGAAUGGAAACCAGGGUCACCACCAAUGCAACUAGGAGUUAGUGGUGACAUUGCUGGUAUACGACCAACGCCAUGGCCAUCCUAUGAUGAUGAUGAGGUUUCUAUGGUUCUGGACACUAUCUACAAUGUCUCUCUCUUUCUCAAGGAUAAGGGGCUUUGUGUCGAACCAAUUUUUGAUAGGGUGAUGAUAUUCUCCAUGGAAGAUUGUAGCAUUUUGAUAAUGGUGCAGCUUAAACAGGAUGGAGAUGCCUACUCAUCAAGAUAUAUUAGUGAAGAUGGUGGUACCUACAGCAGCAUUGAUUUGUUCCUAUUGAACUCUUGGCACCAAUUCAAUUGCCACAGUGAAGGCCAACUGAUCCAAUGCUAUUGGACAAUGUUUUUUCUGAAUUGUUACCGGCUAUUGGGUUGCAGCCAUGAGUUUCUUGUGGUAUUCUCUGUUGUUGCGGCAAUCAACCGAAUUAAUGAUGGUGUGAUCACGUCAUUUGGGGCUGCUCCACCAGACAUCAAAGAGCUCAAAUGUUCUGGCAAUUACAUAAUCGAGACAGUAGCUUACAGAAUGAAGAAUAUUUUGGAAAACAAUUUGUCAGAUCCUUUUGAGGUCAACAAGAUGACCGAAACAUUAUCACAGCUGAUUUUAUUGGCAAUUACAAGAUUGGACAACCUAUCAUUUUUCAAAAAGCUCAAGUAUUCAUCAUCAGUUCAGGAAUUUUGUGGUGCACAAUUUUUAUUUCCUAAUAUUUUGUUGUCCAAGUCUUGGUCUCAAAAGUUAGCCACCAACAAUGAAAGGCAGUUACUACCAGAAAUGCUAGAAGUGGUCACUGGCUAUAUUUGUCAUGAGCUUCAUCUGAUGCUUACCUUUAUUGGAGUGACACAUAUGAUCGGUUGUGGUAAAUAUUCGAUAUGGAUCAUUGGCUUGCUAACUCCAUGGGAUCCCGGCAGAGUGGUCUUUGACCUCAAGUUCCUGAUGGUUUGGCUUGAGGGCAAGCCAAAUCUUAAGAAGGGGGGAAUGUCAGUACUGAUGAUAUGGAAGAUGGUUGUUACUACUCUACUAUUGCGAGAUGGUGCACAGGAUACUGCACAAAGCCAAGCUUCUUGGCGUGAACCUGGCACCAGAGUGCGUCGCGCCAACUGCCACCUUAGUGGUCCUGAGGGAGUGUGAGUUUUAGCUGUGUUGGGCCGCUAGUGAUGGGCCGUGAAUUGUAACCGUGGCUAGUAUAACUUGAGGACGAGACACAGUACCAGGGAUAUGGAAAAACUGAGAAUAGAAUUGCUACGUUGUUCCUCC